AGGGUUUUAGCUCAGCGGCAAUGUUCUUGUACAGCCUGACGCUGCAGCGCGCCACUGGGAUCGUGUGCGCCUGCUACGGCAACUUCAUCGGCGGCAAGAGCCAGGAGAUCGUCAUCGGCCGCGGUAAGAUCCUAGAGCUCCUGCGCCCCGACGACAAUGGCAAGCUCCAGACGCUGCUCGCGGUGGAAAUAUUUGGCGUCGUCCGCUCGCUCGCGCAGUUCCGCCUCACCGGAUCCCACAAGGAUUACCUCGUCGUCGGCUCCGACUCGGGCAAGAUCGUCAUCCUCGAGUACAAUCGCGACAGGAACGCCUUCGAUCCCGUCCACAAGGAGACGUUUGGGAAAUCCGGGUGCCGCCGCAUCGUGCCCGGCCAGUUCUUGUCCGUGGAUCCAAAGGGCCGGGCGGUGAUGAUCGCCGCCACCGAGAAGCAGAAGCUCGUCUACGUGCUCAACCGGGACAACGCGGCCAGGCUCACCAUUUCCUCUCCUUUGGAGGCUCACAAGUCCCACACCGUUGUCUACUCCCUCGUCGGGGUGGACUGUGGCUUUGAGAACCCGAUGUUCGCCGCCAUCGAGCUCGACUACUCGGACGCCGACCAGGACGCCACGGGCCAGGCGGCGCUCGAGGCACAGAAGCACCUCACUUUCUACGAGCUGGACCUGGGACUGAAUCACGUCGUUCGCAAGUGGAGCGAGCCCAUAGACAAUGGUGCCAACAUGCUCGUCACCGUUCCCGGCGGUGCCGAUGGACCCAGUGGAGUCUUGGUCUGCGCGGAUAACUUCGUCAUCUACAAGAACCAGUCCCAAGAGCUGAGAGCUCUGAUCCCCAGGCGAGCCGACUUGCCGGCGGACAGGGGUGUGCUCGUCGUUUCGGCCGCGACGCACAGGCAAAAGAGCGUCUUUUUCUUUCUCCUCCAGACCGAGUAUGGGGAUGUUUUUAAGGUGACGCUGAGCUUCAACGAUACGGAUAUGGUGGUGACAGAGCUCAAGAUCAAGUACUUCGACACCUUUCCCGUCACCUCGGCAAUGUGCGUUCUCAAGAGCGGCUUCCUCUUUGCUGCUUCCGAGUUUGGAAACCAUGCGCUCUAUCAGUUCCAGGGUAUUGGCGACGACCCGGACGUAGAAUCCUCUUCUGCAACUCUCGAGGAGACCGAAGAUGGUUUUAAGCCCAUCUUUUUCCAGCCCCGCAAGCUCAAGAACUUGAUCCAGAUUGACGAGGGGGAGAGCCUCAUGCCAAUUAUGGACAUGAAGAUUGCCAACUUGUUCGAAGAGGAAACGCCCCAGAUUUUCGUGGCUUGCGGGAGAGGUCCUCGCUCGACGCUGCGGAUACUCAGGCCGGGUCUUGCAGUGUCCGAGAUGGCAGUGUCACAGCUUCCGGGAGUACCGAGUGCUGUGUGGACGGUGAAGAAGAGUGUCACCGACGAGUUCGAUGCCUACAUCGUGGUGUCCUUUCUGAACGCCACGCUGGUGCUGUCCAUCGGCGAAACAGUGGAGGAAGUCAGUGACAGCGGAUUUCUGGACACGACACCUUCUCUUCAAGUUUCUCUGCUCGGGGACGACUCGCUAAUGCAGGUGUAUCCCAAUGGGAUCCGACACAUUCGGUCAUUAGUGCGCAUAAACGAGUGGAAAACUCCCGGCAAGAAGACCAUCGUCAAAGUUGGCUCCAACAGGAUGCAGGUGGUGAUAGGCUUGAGCGGCGGUGAGCUGAUUUACUUCGAGAUGGAUCCGACGGGGCAGCUCAUGGAGAUAGAGAAGCGAGAAAUGUCGGGGGAUGUGGCCUGCUUGGCUAUAGGCCCAGUUCCAGAAGGCAGGCAGCGUUCUCGGUUCCUCGCUGUUGGCUCCUACGACAACACCAUCCGCAUCCUCUCGCUCGACCCCAACGAUUGCAUGCACAUCUUGAGCGUCCAGAUGGUGGCUUCCCCACCAGAGUCACUGCUCUUGCUCGAAGUUCAGGCGUCAACAGGUGGAGAAGAUGGUGCAGUGUAUCCAGCGAGUGUUUUCCUCAACGCCGGCCUUCAGAACGGCGUUCUUCUCAGGACUGAAGUUGACAUGGUCACCGGGCAGCUAUCUGGGACUCGAACGAGGUUUCUGGGCCUGAGAGCUCCCAAGCUCUUUGCGACGUCUGUUCGGGGCCGUCAGGCACUCUUGUGCCUCUCCAGUCGGCCGUGGCUCGGUUACAUUCACCAGGGACACUUCCUCCUGACUCCACUUUCUUACGAGACCCUGGAGUAUGCGGCCUCCUUCUCAUCGGACCAAUGCGCAGAGGGUGUUGUGGCCGUGGCUGGCGAAGCGCUGCGAGUCUUCACGAUUGAGAGGCUCGGGGAGACUUUCAACCAGACGUCCAUCCAACUUCGAUACACGCCCAGGAAGUUUAUCCUGCAUCCCAAGCGGAAGUUUCUGGUGCUCAUCGAGACCGACCAGGGGACGUUCACGACCGAGGAGCGCGAACACAUGAGCAGGAGCGCUGCAGCUCAAGACAAUGGGAUGAUGGAGAUCGACAACCAGGAGAAGUCCGAGGAGGAGCCAAUGCCCGACGAGCAGUAUGGCUAUCCCAAAACCGACUCGAGGAGGUGGGUGUCGUGCAUCAGAGUCCUGGAUCCCAAGGCAGCGGCCACAACGUGCCUGCUGGAGCUGCAGGAGAACGAGGCGGCCUUUAGCAUCUGCUGCGUCAACUUUCACGACAACAAGAACCUCGGAACAGUUCUUGCUGUGGGUACUGCCAAGGACUUGGAGUGGUGGCCCAAGCGGAGAUCGAUGGGUGGCUUCAUCCACAUAUACCGGUUUGUCGAGGACGGCAGAUCUCUGGAGCUGGUGCACAAGACACCCAUCGACGGCGUUCCGACCGCUCUCUGCCAGUUCCAGGGCCGUCUGCUUGCCGGCAUCGGGCAGAUACUUCGGAUCUACGACCUUGGCAAGCGGAAGCUGCUGAGGAAAUGCGAGAACAAAAACUUCCCGAACACCAUCACCUCCAUCCACAGUUACGGCGACAGGAUCUACGUGGGCGACAUCCAAGAGUCCUUCCACUACGUCAAGUACCGGCGAGACGAAAACCAGCUCUACGCCUUCGCCGACGAUAGCAGCCCCAGGUGGCUGACAGCGUCGCUGCACAUCGACUUCGACACCAUGGCCGCGGGAGACAAGUUCGGGAACCUCUUCUUCGUGCGGCUGCCGCAAGACCUGUCGGAGGAGAUCGAGGACGACCCGACGGGUGGCAAGAUAAAGUGGGAGCAGGGCCGGCUCAACGGAGCUCCCAACAAGGUGGAGGAGAUCAUCCAGUUCCACGUCGGGGAAGUGGUGACGUGCAUGCAAAAGGCGUCGCUCAUCCCAGGCGGGGGCGAGAGCGUGAUCUAUGGCACGGUCAUGGGCUCUGUGGGGGCGCUGCUGCCAUUCUCGUCGCGAGAGGACGUGGAUUUCUUCUCGCACUUGGAGAUGCAUAUGCGACAGGAGCAUCCACCGCUGUGCGGCCGCGAUCACAUGGCUUUUCGCUCGGCCUACUUCCCUGUCAAGGAUGUUAUUGAUGGAGAUCUAUGCGAACAAUAUCCCACACUUCCGCCAGACUUACAGCGCAAAAUUGCCGAGGAGCUGGACAGGACUCCCGGAGAGGUGAUGAAGAAGCUAGAGGACAUCAGGAACCGGAUCAUCUGAGCCUCCCGCGUGAUCUUCAAGCUCCCCUCCUGUACUACCAGUUUGUGUCUCUUAAAAUUUUGGUCUUUGAUUCACAGGAUCUAUCCAAUGUAACUGUGCUUUUACUAUGAAGAAGAAGACACUGUUUUCUAA